AUGGAUAUGAGUAAAAGGGACAAAAGUCAAAGGACAGUGGCUGUGAAUAUGGAUUCUAUACGGCAGAAUAAAAUGAAUGAAGCCAAGCAGAAUUUGACUGAAGUAGCUCUACGUGUAGUUGACAGUGCCAUCAAAGCUGCUGCUCAGUCUGUGGAAGAGGCUGCAAACGCCAACAGAAACAUCAAGUGGAUCACUCAUGGUGAAUUCACAGUGGAAGAAGGCCACAAACAAAUUGACCAGUUCAUUGAGACUUGGGAGUUUAAAAACUACUGGGUGCACUACACAGAGUUUGUAGAGAAGAAAGAUUUAAUCCACUCCUUCCACUACAUCUACCAUGUAUACUGGAGUGUCCCAACUGCUCUGAGACCGGUAGCAAAAGUCAGUGCUUUGGCCUACUUCACCAUCAAGUUCAACAAAAGCAAACCUCCGGAUAUGCCUGUUGAUGUCUUGUAUUUCUUUGAGGGCAGUUCAUUAAUACACAGACCAGGAAUGAGUCGAUUUCGAGAACAAUGGCUGGAUCACAUUAUUGAGGCCAAACAUGUUUUACUGAAGAUGAUCCACUUUUAA